AUGUGUGAUACAAAUUGGUGUACUUUCUGUGAUAAUGCAAUUAGCCCUUACUCUGAUUCUCUCUAUUGUUCUGAGGACUGUCUUCGUCAAGACGCUUUAAUGCAUCAUCCAAUGCUAGGUUAUGAUUAUGCUGAAUUACAAGAUUUCCCAGUCAUUCAAAAAAGAAGAAAGUCAUCAAGUAUCAUGAUAUCAUCUAGUCAUAAACAACAAAUGAUAUCUUCUUUACUUUCAUCC